AUGAUGAUCUAUGGUAUGAUUCUGAUGUUGUUUUGGCUCGGUUCUAACGGCGAAAAAUCACUGACAGUUGAUAUUUAUCCUGGCUUUGGUUGGGAUCAUCUGCGAUUCAUCGAUUUAGCACCCUUAUAUGAAGUAUCAAACUUCAAUCGCUCUAGUUUGUUUCAAUCCUGCAUCGAAAUGAUUCCUAUAAACGAGAAUAAAAUCGAAAUGGGCUCAAUAGAAAUCGAUGCAUUCGAUUCGCGUUCUAGUGAGUAUUCGUCAAAUGUAAUGAUAGGCGGUAGCGCAGGCUUUGGGGCAUUCAAGAUCGCUGGCUCGUAUUCAAAAGAAUACCAAACGACAAAAAAAGAACAGGAGCAAGAAAAGACGAUUACAUUGCGAAAUCAAAUUGACUACAUCAUGGUUGACGUCAUUCUUUUACCUAGUUGCCCUUUACAUCCACAAGUAAAACGAGAUCUAAUCGACAUUGCGAAAUAUCAAACGAAUAACAAUAGUCUUUUAGCGACUUAUCUCGCUCAACUUUUUGUUAAAAAAUACGGAACACACUAUACAAGUCGUUUAUAUUUGGGCGGAUCGAUCAUUGAAGAAGAUUUCGUAUCUCAUUUGAAUUAUCACACCGGCACAUCAGAAGAAAAAAAGUACAAAGCAGCAGCGGAAGCAUCAUUUUUAAGUUCUUUUAGUCUUUCGGCAAGUUACAGUUCGAGUUCGGUACAUAGUCAAGCGACAAUUAAUGAAUAUAAAGCAAAGAUCAAUCGCAAAAUAGUAAAUUCCAAAGGUGGUGAUAUCUUUAUUAUGGGUGCUCAUAUGCAACAAUGGCAAGCAUCGGUGAAUAACCGUCCAGUUAUCAUUCGACGAGCUGUUGAAAAUCUUACGUAUGUAAUACAAGCCGAAAAAAUCCCAGAAUUGACUGACAAGGCAUUAAGCAAAGUUCGAAAGGAAAUUGAUGAAGCAAUCAAUGCCUACGUAGAAAUGAAUACGGUUCGAGGAUGCAUGAAUCGAAAUUCACCAUCAUUCAAUUGGGUAGCCAAUCUUGAUGAUAGUGCUUGUGCUCCAGCUGAACAAACGAUACAAUUCGGAGGCUUUAUUCGUACUUGCUCAGAAGAUGCUCGUAUGUCACAACAAUGUUCCAAACUGCAAGCACGAAACUACUACACAAAUAAUUACCAGUGCAAGCCCGAUUUUAUUAUGCAUCUUUUACAUACUACAAUUCAAUAUGAAUCAUUAUAUACUGAGAACUGUCAUAAAUGCGGCUUUCUUUGGUUGCAACAAUGUUGUGACAGGGCUAAUAUAGGGCAGGGUCGGCGUGAGCUCAAUCUCUAUGGAUGCUCUCGAAAUAUCAGCCGACAACUAACUUCGUCUGGCACUAUUGAUAUUCGAUCGAGUUAUGUAUUUGGUGGUUCGUUUACAACGGCAAAAGUUAAUCCAGUCACCAAUACAUACAAUUGUCCACUAGGCUUGAUACAGGCGUAUGAUAUUGACGGUAUAAAAGUAUGUUUGAGUGAAAGAAUUACAUCGAGCUCAGAUACUCUGCCUCGUUAUGGUGGAAUGUAUUCUUGUGAACACGCCAAUAUAGCCACUGGAUCACGCAGUCAAACAUGCCCUGCAGGCUAUAGUGCCUACGCAAUGGGAAGUGUUAAUGGCAAUUGCCUUCUAGAAGUGUGUUUGAAAUUUGAAAAACUUGAUCAGCGACGUGAAUUACCAAAUGUUGCUUUACCACCGUUCUUUUCCAUUGACGCUACUUAUAUUCGAGUUGAAACCGAUGAAGCAGCCGAAAAUGUUACGAUCUCAAGUCGAAUAUUCAGUGAUCGGUAUCUCAAUACAUUAUAUUCAUCAGCUGCAUCACAACUUCAUGAAAUCAGAUUCUGCUUAGUGGUCGGAUACAUAUGCAUCACUGCUCUUUACUAUGUGGAAACAUCCGCCUGA